GGUACGGUCGUAAUAGUGCUGUGCCGGGUUGCGCUACAAACGCAUUUUUUCAAUUAAGUUUGUAAGUGACUGAGUUACAGGCCGUUUGUAACGGUCUUGUUUAUUUAUGAGAAAAUCGUAAAAUUUUAAAGAGUUUGAAACAAACCGUAGUUGGCGUCGACUCACAAAGGCUUUAAAAAGGCUCCUGACACAAAUGUCAGUCGAAAUUAUACAAUAACAAAAGGGGCUUGCCUAUAUGGGCGUUAACCUCCGGUUAAGCAAGUAAAGGAAGACGAAGACUGAAUCAUGAAUCUCAAAUUAUUACUCAUAAUUACCAUAUUAAAAACAUGUACAAGUCAAGACUAUGCACAGCCAACCUAUAAUCCAGAUAUUACUCAAAACACAAAUAAUUACAACGAUCCAAGAUAUGAUAAUCCAUAUGACCCAAACCGUAAAUACCAAAAUAAGAAUCAAUAUGAAUUGAACAGGAAUCAAUAUGAAUUAAACAGGAAUCAAUAUGAUAACACGGAUCAGAGAUUCCAGUAUGAUAAUAGAAAUGAACCGUUCAAUCAGAAUUCCUACAGUCCAGAUGUGACACCAAAGAGCUCAUGGGAUUCUAACAGGAAUUACGGUAGUUCUUAUAGAAAUGCUGCUUUGGAGCAAGAGAGUGUAAUAAUUCAUCAAGCCACAUACUUCAUAGUAGCAUCCCGUAUGGUAAGACCUGGCCAGAUAUACAAGAUAUCCGCAAACAUUCUGCAGACUCAGCUAGAAAUGACAAUCAGAGCUUCAAUUGCAUGCAAUGGAGUUGAAGUAGCUGAAGUCACACAAAAAGUAAAAGAGGGUGUGCCCGAAAUACUAAAUAUGAGGGUACCGCCAACAACAGUUAAAGGAGACUACCGGCUUCGUGUUGAGGGCUUGUACUUAGACACACCAUAUGGAGGCAGGGCGUUCAUUAAUGAAACACAACUGACAUUCUCUAAUAGGUUCAUGACCAUAUUCAUACAGAUGGACAAGCCAGUAUAUAUGCAGGGGCAAACAGUACGCUUCAGAGUGAUUCCGAUCAAUACAGAGCUAAAAGCGUUUGGACAUGCCAUAGACGUGUACAUUUUGGAUCCGAAUCGCCGCAUCAUGAAGAGGUGGCUUUCCAGACAGAGCAACUUCGGAACAGUUAGCCUUCAGUAUCAGUUGUCUGACCAACCCUUGUUCGGAGAGUGGUACGUCAAGGUUGAAGCCCUGGGACAGGUAGAAGAGUCACAGUUUUUGGUUGAAGAGUACUACCAGACAAGAUAUGAGGUGAACGUGACGAUGCCGGCGUUCUUCUUCAACACGGAGCAGUACAUCCACGGCCGCGUCGUGGCCAACUACACGUCGGGGGCGCCCGUGCGCGGCAACCUCACGCUCAAGGCGACCGUGCGCCCCAUCCCGCAGUACCGGCCCCCGCACUACGGCCGCGGACAGUUCAACAACCGGGGGCACUACGGGGACGCGGGGGCCGCCGGCUCUCAGUACACAAGAGCAUGGCCGAAUAGUCUGUACAACGAGACGUACGGGUCGGAGCUGGGGCCGGGCCCGGCGGAGGGCGGCGCGGACCGGCGCUACGUCGCGGGGCAGCACAACCAGCUGGACCAGCCCGACUGGUGGUACGACCACACCAAGGUCGUCACCAGGAUGUUCAACUUUGAUGAAAAAUAUCCUUUCUGGAUGCCGAAGCCCGACCCUACGGAGUACGCCGUGCAGCAGCAGCAGGGCACCUACGCCUACAACCCGUACCCCGCGACCGGCUACUCCUACUACUCCGCGCAGUACAACGACCAGCUACCCUAUCUGAGAUUUUUCAAUGGCACAUACGAUUUCAAAUACCCAAUGUCGGAGCUGGCGCAGCUGGUCCCCAGCCUGGACGGGGUGGAAGUCAUAGUGACGGCCGCCGUCGGAGAUCCCUUCCUGGACGAUGUCAUCGAAGGGUACAGUGUUGCCAGGAUAUUCAACUCUUCCUUGGCUGUCACUUUCUUAGGAGGGAGCCCUCAGGUCUUCAAGCCGGCCAUGCCUUUUGAUGUUUACAUGGCGGUGUCGUACCACGACGGGUCGCGCGUGGAGGCGGCGCGGGCGGCGCGCCUGGCGCUGCGGGUCACGGCGCAGCUGGAGGGCCGCUCCGCCACGCUGGACGCGCUGCAGCCCGCGCCCGUGCCCGGACACGCACACGUGUGGCACCUCAAGCUCGACCUCUACAACCUGCUGCACUUGCAGUCGGAUCCGAAUUACCGCGAAGUGUUGAACAGCAUAACCGGGAUCCGGCUGACCGCCCAGCUGCUCGACGUGGGCGGCUACCACGCCUCCGCCGACGUGCACUUCAUCGCGCACUACAGCCCCAACAACCAGCAGAUCAAGAUAUCUACCACCACCACCAGUGCGAAGGUCGGCGAAUACAUAAUCUUCCACGUGCAAAGCAACUUCUACAUAGAGUCGUUCAACUACGUGGUGAUGUCCAAGGGCAUUAUAUUGACCAGCGCACAAGAGAUAAUGCAGGAAGGCGUCCGCACGUUCGCGGUGACGCUGUCGGCGGAGAUGGCGCCCGUGGCCAGCGUCGUGGUGUGGAGCGCCGACCGCCGCGGACACGUCGUGGCUGACUCGCUCACCUUCCCCGUCAACGGAGUCUCCAGGAACAACUUCACAGUGUUCAUCAACAACCGCAAGCACCGCACCGGGGAGAAAGUGGAAGUGGCUAUAUACGGCGAGCCCGGGGCCUACGUGGGACUGUCCGGGCUGGACCACGCCUUCUACACGAUGCAGGCCGGGAACGAACUCACAUACGCUAAGGUGAUAUCAAAGAUGUCGUAUUUCGAUGAAUCCACGAACGGCACGUUCGCGUACACGUGGCGCUCGCACUUCGGGGACGCGGACGAGCUGGUCUACUUCCCCUCCUCCAGCUUCGGGAUCGACGCCAACAGGACCUUCGAGUUCGCGGGGCUGGCGGUGCUGAGCGACGUGGCGGUGACGCGGCGGCGCGGCGCCUGCAACGCGUCGCUGGGGCUGGCCGAGUGCCUGGACGGCGCCUGCUACCCGCUCGCCAAGCGCUGCGACGCCGCCUACGACUGCGCCGACAGGACCGACGAGGCCAACUGCGCGGAGGAGAGAAGCGAGCUGGAGCUGAGUCACUUCCGCAAGUUCCGGUUCAACCGCGUGCAGCGCCAGUACGACAACGUGUGGGCUUGGAGGGACGUCAACAUCGGCCCGCACGGACGCUACGUGUUCACCCUCGACGUGCCGCAGGUGCCAGCACAUUGGACCGUGUCAGCCUUCAGCAUGUCUCCUUCGCUUGGACUAGGAAUGCUGACGGAACCCAUUACGUACGUGGGAGUGCAGCCGUUCUUCAUAACAGUGGAAGGACCGGACUCGUGUCGGCAGGGCGAGCAGGUCGGCCUGCGCGUGGUCGUGUUCAACUACCAGUUGCAGAACAUCGAGGCCGUCGUCGUGCUGGAGGCCUCGCCCGACUAUAAGUUUGUUCACGUCGAAGAGAACGGCAUUGUCCGCUCGUACAACCCGCGCACGUCGUUCGGCGAGCACCAGUUCUUCGUGUACGUGCUGGCGGGCGCGGCCAGCACCGUGCACGUGCCCGUGGUGGCGGCGCGCCUCGGCACCGUGCACGUGCGUCUGCACGCCGCCGCGCUGCUCGGCACGCACACCUACACCAAGACCAUACACGUGCUGGCGGACGGCGUGCCCCAGCACCGGCACCAGGCCGUGCUGCUGGACCUGUCCAACCGCGCGUACGUGUUCCAGUACAUGCACGUGAACGUGACGGAGACGCCCGUCAUCCCGUACGAGGUGGACCGCUACUACGUGUUCGGCUCCAACCAGGCGCGCGUCAGCGUGGUCGGCGACGUGGUGGGGCCGCUGUUCCCCACCAUGCCCGUCAACGCCACCAGCCUCCUGGACCUGCCGAUGGACUCUGCCGAACAGAACAUGUUCAGUUUCGCCGCGAACAUGUACUUCACCCUGUACAUGCGGCUGAUCAACCAGAGGAACAGGACCUUGGAGCGCGAGGCGUUCUACCACAUGAACAUCCUGUACCAGCGGCAGCUGUCCUUCAUGAAACCCGACGGAUCCUUCAGCCUGUUCCGAAGCGACUGGAACCAGUCGUCGUCCAGUGUGUGGCUCACGUCGUUCUGCGCCAAGAUCUUCCAAGACGCCUCCUUCAACGAGUGGGAGAACUUCAUCUACAUCGACCCGGACGUGAUAUCGAUGGCGGUGUCGUGGGUCCUGGACCACCAGACGCCGGAGGGUGCCUUCUACGAGGUGACGUGGCUGCCCAACAGGAACGACAACUCCAGCCUCGUCGUGCCCAAGAACAGCAGUCUGUACAGGGAGUACCUCAGCCACGCGAACUACGACCCCACCAUAGUCGAGACUAAAGAUUCGUUGAUAAUCCAGCGGAACAUAACGCUGACGGCGCAGGUCGUCAUCACGCUCGAGACCGUCAAGAACUUGAAGGACAUCGGAGUCCGGGAGGGCCUGGCGGCGCGCGUGGCGUCGAGUCAGCAGCGCGGCGCGGCGUGGCUGGAGCGGCACCUGCGCGCGCUGCAGGACGCGGGCGAGCCCUACGCGCUGGCGCUGGUCGCGCACGCGCUGUCCGUGGCGCGCGCGCCCGCCGCCGACCACGCCUACCGCCUGCUCAAGCAGAGGGAGCGGUCCGAGGGUGGCCUAGUAUACUGGGGCAAAGAACCAGUACCCCAGCCUCCGUACAAGAUGGAAAAUCAGAAGCCUUUCCUCUUGCCCCGGCUGCCGUACAAGUACGACUCCAACAACAUAGCCACCACGGCCUUCGCGCUGCUGGCCUGCAUGGACCACCAGGACAUCAACGAACCCAUCGUCAUGUGGCUGAACGCUCAGAGGCUCAAGGACGGAGGGUGGGGCUCGACGCAGGACACGUACAUAGCGCUGCGGGCCCUCAUCGAGUACACGAACCGCAAGCGUCUCCGCGACGUCAGCUCGCUCACCGUGGAGGUGGACGCCGUCGCUCUGGGGGGCACCACGCGCACGCUGCACGUGGACAACGCCAACCUGGCCGUCAUGCAGAGCGUGCAGAUCCCGGAGGCGUGGGGCACGGUGAAGGUGACGGCGCGCGGCGCGGGGUUCGCCAUCCUGCAGAUGUCGGUGACGUACAACGUGGACAUCCCGCGCUUCCUCACGCCGCCCCCGCUGCACGCCUUCGAGCUGCUCUCGCACCAGCACUACUACGGACGGAACCAGUCGCACAUCAUGUUCCAGGCCUGUGCCAGCUGGACCCUAGAGGAGGAGAGUCCUCGCUCGGGCAUGGCGGUGCUGGAGGCGGGGGUCCCGACGGGGUACCGCAUCCAGCAGCAGGCGCUGGACGCCUACGUGCUGUCCCGCUCCGUGCCCACGCUGCAGAGGGCCCGAUACACGCCCGUCAAACUAUUCUUCUAUUUUGAAUAUUUGUCCCGGGAGCCGACGUGCGUGAACUUCACGCUGGAGCGCUGGUACCCGGUCGCGAACAUGUCCCGGUACUUGUCCCUCAAGGUCUACGACUACUACGCGCCAGAGCGGUACAACGAGACGAUAGUGGACGCGCUGCCGACCUACCUGCUGAACAUCUGCGAAGUGUGCGGCUCGUCCCAAUGCCCGUACUGCGCGAUAUACAACGCCGCCGCCCGACCCCGCCACGCCGCGCCGCUCGCGCUGGCCACUGUCAUGUCAAUAGCCGCGCGCCAUCUGUACGGGACGCUCGGAGCGCUAUAGCGUAGUCAGCAGCCACUUCUACACUAACUAACCUGUCGCGACUUUAGAAUCGAACGGGUAUAAUGAUCGUGACAAAAAACGUUGUGUCAAUUGAACGUGGAUACGCGUGAGAAGUUAAACUUCUUGAAUAUUUUUUUAUGGAAAUUCAAUAGACAAUUGAUGUUACAGUAAUAUAGUUAUCUCAGAAGGCUUAGACAUAGUUUCUAUUAAUUUGAAAUCAUAUUUCUGUUAUGAGAUAUUCUUGAAAAAUGAAGAUCUUACAAGUCUAAAAUAUGUUGUAGUCUACUUAGGCGCUACAUUUUUUUUUAGUCUGGGACAACAGAAAAUUAAUUGAAAAUUAACAACUAAUUUAACAAUAAACUGAAAAAUAACAAUUAAUAUUAAUUGAGAAUUGUGAAAAUUUG